CUGUAGUGCCUGUUUUAGAAUAAAAUCUUUAGACUUUAAUCCACCUGUGUGCACAUUGCUUCUAGAUCUAAAAAGAACCUUUUGUCCUUGGCAAAACAAGGUUAUUUCCAGCUUCCUCUUCAUGGAAACUAGGAGGCAGUAAGAGUUUACCAUGAGUAAAACGAAGCAUACUCCAACCUGGUCUGAAUUGCAGGACAAAUGGGUACAAUUCUUGGCAUCAAAACCUGCUUUACAUAUUGUUAUUCAUUCUGUUUCGUUUGUUUCAUUUCAAUACCAGCCCAUAGCCAACACUUUGGUAUGGAAAUUAUGGCAAUGAACGUGCCAGCCGGGCCUUAGGGCCACAGAGUUUAUGGAACAUAAAAGUAUCUGUAUUUGAUUGACAAGUGCAUCCAACUAGCUUACAGGUCAUAGUCACAGUCAGCAUAACAAUGGUUCCUUGGCUACAGUGAAGGCAGAACUACCCAAUCAGCGUGAGCCAUAUAGGUUGUCUAUAAGUGCCGUUGUCUAUAAGUGGUAGUGCCAGAGCAAAGUCUGGCGACAUUUGAGGCAGGGGCUUGAGGAGAAAAGGACCAUGGCUGCCAAAGGGCAAGGCAGAAAGAAGAGCAGGGAUGUGAAGAGGAGGAAGAUCCAGACGAAGCAUCAACAGAUCAGACGGAAGCAGAAGAAGCUGCAGCCUCGGAAGCAGAAGAAGCACCAGUCUCGUCCUAAUAAGCGUCAGGUGAAGCGGAGAGCUGCCAAAAAGGCAGCGCGCAGCAAGCAGGAGAGGAAGAUCUGCUCCCCGCGGCUCUUUGCCUCCAAGAUCCUGCGGCAGAUGCCCAAGGUGCGCAUGGAGGCCAAGGCCAGGGGCCUGGUGAAGAGCUUGUUGACGGACCUGUACCAGCAGGUGGCCACUGAGGUGGAGGCCUUGAGCCAGAAGGAGGAGUCGCCCCCCAUCAGCUGCACCGAUGUGCAGAACGCCCUGAAGGGGGCCAUGGAGAAGGAGCUGGCCAAGCACACGGCGGCCGAGCCCAUCAGCAGCGAGUGUGCGUAG